CAACUGUCGUUCCCAGUUGUCACGCUAAGCAGAAAAAAACAAAGCAACGAAUUUGAGUGGCCUGAACAGUGAAAUUCGGGAAAUUCAGAAAAUUCGGAAAUCCGAAAUCCGCCUCUUCACGUCUCUUCCCUCCUCCAUGAUGAACGGUGACCACGGAUCCUCUAUGGACAUGGCGGAUAUGGACGACCUGGACCUGGAUGGCGACACGUUGGACCCGAAUCCGGCCUCGGCCUCGAUCGUGGGUGGAACGCUGGCCCCCGACGAUAAGCGACGCAUGUUUUCCAAGGAGUUGCGUUGCAUGCUCUUUGGCUACGGCGACGAUCAGAAUCCGUACACCGAGACCGUGGAUCUGCUGGAGGACCUGGUGCUCCACUUUAUCAUGGACACCACCCAAAAGGCCAUGGAGAUUGGCCGUCCCGGGCGAGUCCAGGUCGAGGACAUGAUCUUCUUGGUCAGGAAACAUCCCAAAAUGUACGCCCGAGUGCGAGAACUGCUCACCAUGAAUGAGGAGCUGAAGAAGGCCAGAAAAGCCUUUGACGAAAUCAAGUACGUCCAAGGCACGAAUCCUUAGAAGGCCGGUCGUUGUAACCGAGUUUGGCCCUUGUUGGACGUACAAAAAAAAAACCAACGAACUAACUGGUAUAGGCCUGCCUUAAUCAUUCAUACAGAUUCAUGCGGAGGCCCACGACACGUUUGUAUUGAUUCAUAAACCAUCUAUUUAAUGUUCGAUUUAUAAAGGGUAACAAUGUC